AUGACAACCACCACCCUUCCACACUCCCUCCCCAACCUCGCGGCGCGCGAAGCCGUCGUCGACGCCCUCUACCGCGCCGUACAGGGAAUCGACACCAACGACCACGCACUCUUCAAGUCCGCCAUCACGGACGACGCGACCAUGGAGCUGCCGGGCGUGGCGAGCAUCGGGGGCGAAGGGAUCAUGAAGAUGUUCGCGGGCGUGGGACCCAUGGACACCACGCACGCCAUCAGCAACGUCAGAGUCAAUCUCGAACAGGGCGCGAGCACGGCCACCAUGACCGCGUACGCCGUCGCGCAGCACUUCAAGGCCGGUGAAGGCGCCGAUGCGACGUCGCCGAAUCUCUUGGCUGGGGCCAUCUACACGCUCACUCUGGUCGAGGACGGUGGGCUCUGGAAGGUGAAGAAGUGGGUGGCGGAUUUCAAAUGGAGACAGGGCGAUCCGUCGAUCAUGACCUGGCAGAAUGACUUGUGA